CCACCGAACACCCGAAAACCAAGAAAAAAACGCAGCCGACGCGCUAGCGAUUCCACACCCGAUCCAGAUCCCCUUUCUCCCCUCCCCACCUCCUCCCAGCUCCCACCCGUUCGGCUCAGCGGAGCCGACGGGAGGGACAAUUCAGAAGGCGGCAAACUCUCCAGUCGUGGCGCCUCCUCAGCCCCACCCAUGUCCUCCGCCUCCUGCCUCGCCCCUCCCCCUCCACGGCUCCCAUGCCCUAGGGUUAGGCUCCUACCUCCCUCGUCUGCCGUCGCUGCCGCUAGGCCGUCUCUCGACUUCGGGCCUGGGAGGGCGUCUCCAGCCAAGGGAUGGAGAUUAGUGCGCCUCUCGUGCUUCAGACAUGAUCAGGAUGGGCCAACAACAUCUGAUGAUGAUGGCGGCUUCAAGUACGUUGCCCAAUCCGGGAACUCCGGUGGCACAGAGGCGAAAGAGGAAGAGGUGGAAAGUUCCAGUGGGGAACAGGAGCGGAAUUUCAAGGACGGGGGUUGGUUCGUGCAAGUUCAGAAGAUAAAAGAAAAUUUUCAGGGCAGAAUAUUAAGAUUUCAGCAAGAACGCUGGACGGUACCUUGGACUGGGGAAACCAUUGCUCAGGUCAUGAUUUUAUGGAUUGCCACAUUUUGGCUUGUGGGUUCCUGGAUAGUGCCAUUCUUGGCUCAUGCUGCUGGCUUUAGCAAGGAAACAUUGACACACAGGGGCCAAGCACUAUAUAGUCUCUUGACAGACAUAACUGAAGGCCUUGCUGGGAUUGCUAUCCUUCACCAGUGCCUUGGUACAUUCCGGCCGCUUCCUCCAGGAUGGUUUGAGUUCAAUUUAAAGGGUAGAUGGCAUUUGGAUGUAGCAUUGGGAUGCCUAUUAUUCCCGCUAGUCAAUUUGCUUUCUCACAUCAACAUCAGUCUAGUUCCAAUGUCACCAGGUCCAGUCAUCAGGGUGUCCAGUGUAGAACAAUCCAUUGUGGCUCGUGACCCGGUGGCAAUGGCCUUAUAUGCUGUGGUAGUGACUGUAUGUGCACCUAUAUGGGAAGAGAUUGUAUUCCGAGGUUUCCUUCUCCCAUCUCUAACACGGUACAUGCCACUUCCAUGGUCAAUCCUAGUAAGUGCUGCAGCUUUUGCGCUCGCACACUUCAAUGCACAGAGGGUGAUGCCCUUAAUAUUUCUUGGGGUGGUGAUGGGAGGGGUCUUUGCAAGAUCCCGUAAUUUAUUGGCAUCAAUGGUGCUGCAUAGCUUGUGGAACGGUUUUGUGUUCUUGGAUUUGAUGAAGUGAGCUAUGCCGAUACUGUUGUUUUGGUUCAGACUUGGACAUCUCAAGUGGAGUCUCGUCUGAGUAUGUUUUGAAUUCACAUGGGGAAGAUUGAAGCGAUUCUAUUCAGGAUGAAAAGAAGUUAUGUGGUGCAAUGUCUAAGUAGAAGAAAUCAUGUAGGGUGAAGAGAAGAGGGAAUAGUCGUGCAAGUUCAGGAAAAAUAGACAACAGAACACAUGUUUUUCAAGAUUUUUUUUUGUGUGUAGGGCAAUGCAUUACUGCAGCCUUAGGACUUGUACCCGGAAGCAUCUUUGUUGCCUUGAUGUAAAUUAUGUACGCGGGAGAAUAAUUGUCUCAUCGUGUAUAGAAUUCCCAACCCAUAUUCAACUGUGUAUUCGAUUACUUGUUAUGUGUUCUCUCAGAAAGGAAAUCCUUGACUUUUGUCGUACUAA